UGUCUUGAUUUCUCAUUUGUUUUUGCAAUCUUAGUGAAUGUGAAAUGGGGAAAGGAGAAGUUUGAUGCGGUGGAGCUGAAUACAGAGGAGCCUCCCAUGGUGUUCAAAGCCCAGCUCUUCGCUCUAACGGGGGUUCAGCCAGAGAGACAGAAAGUCAUGGUGAAAGGUGGAACGCUGAAGGAUGACGAGUGGGGCAACAUCAAGUUGAAAAAUGGAAUGACUCUUCUGAUGAUGGGCUCCGCUGACGCUCUGCCUGAAGAGCCUGUAGUGCGGCCCAUGUUUGUGGAGGACAUGACGGAGGAGCAGCUUGCAUCUGCGAUGGAGUUGCCAUGCGGAUUGACAAAUCUGGGCAACACAUGCUACAUGAACGCAACGGUGCAGUGUCUACGCUCUGUGCCUGAGCUCAAAGUCGCUCUCAGGAGGUACUCUGGUGCUUUGCGGUCUUCUGGAGCCAAUGCUCCUUCCCAGUACAUCACAGCAGCUAUGCGUGAUUUGUAUGAGUCCAUGGAUAAGACCUCGUCAAGCAUUCCGCCCAUCAUCCUGCUGCAGUUCCUGCACUUGGCCUUCCCACAGUUCGCCGAAAAAGGAGACCAGGGCCAGUACCUCCAGCAGGAUGCCAGUGAGUGCUGGGUUCAGAUUAUGCGGGUCCUUCAGCAGAAAUUAGAACCACAAGAACCAGAAACCCCACUGGAGAUUGACAGUGAUAGUGGAGCCGCUGCCUCCACAAAAACGAAGAAUUUCAUCGAUCAGUAUUUUGGUGUUGAAUUUGAAACUACUAUGAAGUGCACCGAGUCAGAGGAUGAGGAUCCAACUAAAGGCACAGAGAGCCAGCUGCAGCUUAGCUGCUUCAUCAAUACAGAAGUCAAAUAUCUCGCCACUGGACUCAGAUUGAGGCUACAGGAGGACAUUACAAAGUUCUCCCCAUCCUUGAAAAGAAACGCCCUCUAUAUCAAAUCGUCCAAAAUCAGCCGUCUCCCGGCAUACCUCACGGUUCAGAUGGUCCGGUUCUUUUACAAAGAAAAAGAGUCUGUGAAUGCCAAAGUCCUUAAGGAUGUCAAAUUUCCUCUUAUGCUGGACGUCUAUGAGCUGUGCACUGCUGAACUGCAGGAGAAGAUGGUUUCUGUGAGGUCAAAGUUCAAGGUGGUUGAAGACAAGAAACUGGAGAUGCAGCAGCAGCCGAAAGAGAAUCUGAAGGUUGGGGCUCCAAAGGAAACAAAAUACGAACCUUUCUGUUUUUCUGAAGACUUGGGCUCCAGCAACAGUGGUUACUACGACCUGCAAGCGGUUCUGACGCAUCAGGGGCGAUCCAGUUCAUCUGGCCACUAUGUCGCCUGGGUUAAAAGGAAAGAAGGUCAAGUAUUGUCAAUGUCUCUCAAACGCCAGAGCGACGUUCAUGGUCCCCAUGCAUUAAAGGGAUAGUUCACCUUCAGUUGCUGGUCCCCAU